UGUUUUUUCUUUUGUUUAUAUUCCUUUUCAACAAAAAAGCAGCAAUUAGUAACGUAUUUGACUCUUUUAUUGAUUUAAAAGCUCAAUUCUUUUUUAAUUCUUUACAUAGGUCGAUUCAAAUUCGUUUUUGAGGUGCAAAAUUUCACGAUUUGUAAACACUCGAAUUCCGUCUGUUCGAAUGAGUCUUUAGUUAUUUCGCCUGUGAAUAUAUCGUUUCUUGAAUUCAGUGUGGCUUCACCGAGUCUUGAGAAGUUGAAUUUCCGGUUCCACAUGGUAUGCUAGUACUUAAAAUCAUUGCCAGAGAUUCCAUGUUGAGCUUAACGCUAGCAGUUACGACUUGAGGUUUCAGCUAUUGUUCUCUUGUUCUCAAAAUCUUUUCAUUGUGUCCGACACUGCAGUAAGUCUCUUCAGUUUAUGUUGAUUUGGUUAUGAACUGCUAUGGGAUUUGCAGUUUCCAUUCCACAAAAAUGAUGCUCAAAAGAUGCUUUUUUCUUAGCUCAUUGAACCCUUUUUACCAUCAAAGAAUUCCCGUUUCCUUGCAUUACACAGGACAAACGACAACCGUACUUGCUUUAAUUCCCUUCGCAGGAAAGUGUCUCGCUUUUGGGAAUGAAAGAAUCACUUUAAGUCAAAUUCAACCUACAAAAAGAAGAAAUUCAGGACGUUAAAAAGGCUUCUACUUUUCUUUCCAUUGAACCUUUGUUUUAUUUCGAAACAAACCUAAGUAACGCCGUUACUUGACUACCCAUCGACUUCAUUUGUAGGAAACCACUACUGUAAUUUUCAAGGAAGACACUCAUUUUCUUGAUAUCUUUUUUACUUAUUUUUGUUCCCCUUAUAUUCAUUGGUGUUAGCUGAUCGAUUUUAUAUAAAUAUCUCUAACGAAAAUUGAUUCCAUGUCUUUUACUUAAAAACGGAUCCUUGCUGUCGACAUUGUGUUUUGUAUAACUGGUUUGUUUUCUCUCAUAUAUAAAGUUUAAAGUUCUCUUUAUAAUCUCCUUUUUUAUUCGUAAUAUGUCAAAGCAUCAGGCAAACUCCAUUCUCCGCAACUUUGCAGCACAAGUUAAAAAGCCAUGGGUAGAUUCCCCUUGUUGGUAUAGCGCCGUUGCUAAGUAUCCUCCGGCUACUCAGUAUUUAAACCGAAUCACGCCUCUUUACUCGACAAAAGUUCGAAAAUCCAAAAACGCCAACAAGGAAAUGUACCACCCGCAAUCCAUCCACUGGCCUGAAGAUAGACUUCGUAAGAAGUUUUAUCAAGAUCAUCCAUGGGAACUGGCACGACCUCAGAUUAUUACUGAGAAUGAUGGCAACGACCAUCUCUACUGUGAUUGGAGCCAAUUAGAUCAGCCUAGAAAAGCGCUCACAGGUGAAAAUGUUGUUCAACGAACGAUGUGGCUAACUCAAAAUAAAAAGAUGGAUGUACAGAGUGCUUAUGAUCAAGCUAGACACGAAUUUUACAACUUGAGAGCCAAGCAAGAGAUUCAACAACGGAUAGCUCAUGAUCAAUCGCAAGCGUUGGGUGCUGUCUUUACAAAAUCUGAUCUUGAACUCGGUUACGAACUUGAUCAAGCAGUCCUUAAUGAUUGGUUUGAAAAAGCCUCUCAACGUUCGGAAGUUUUCCGGUCUAAAAAUACAGAUCCUGUCAUUGAUGUUUCAUCCAACUCAACGGACACAGAGUCUAAACCGUGACAAGUUGUUAUUUAAGAUUUAUUAUCCUUGCUAAUAACCAUUUAAUUAUGACUCACUAAUUGCUAUCUAUUUUAAACUAUAUCCUCGUCGUAAAAUUAAAUCAAGAAGCCUCUUCAUAAAUU